UACCUACUGGUGACACUACGGGGUGGUACUCCGGACUACCGACGGAACACUAGCGGGAAAGCGGUGAGUCAAACAACCAAUCACUUCAAUAUCAGACAAAUCGUCAAAAAUGGACUGCCGACAUUCAGGGCGUUCUUCACUACCAGCAUAUUUACCCUUGUUAGCCAGCAGUUGACUCGUGGUGCAAUCAUGAGCUUAUUGUCGAACCCAUGCCUCAUCUCCGGGGUUGGUAGGCAUAUACAGUUCUCUGUACCCAUGCGCAACCUCGCAUUCUCAGCUCUUAACAAAUCAAACCAAGCGACUGUGCCCAGGCGCGGUAUAUCAAGUACGGAAAGCGAGUCCAAGAAAGAUACAAUCUCUCCGCCCGAUACUUCAUCUGCAACAGAAUGGUCCGAACGUCUGGACAGCCUGUCUUCUAGGGCUAGACUUCCUCGGAGCGUCCAGGCGGUCUAUUUGCGCCCGCUACGGAGGGCAUCCGAGUAUGGUUUACCAAGCUGUGAUCUCCAAUUGAGAUCUUACAGCGUACGAAAUGUGGAGUUUUUCGCAGACUUCGCCAUUCGUGCUGCAUACUAUCUCCGGCUCCCGGUUUCUGGGCCCGUGCCGUUGCCACGGAUUGUUGAGCGGUGGACUUUCCCACGGAGCAAUUUUGUACACAAAAAAAGCCAAGAAAAUUUCGAACGAAUAACCCUUCGUCGGCUUAUUCAAAUCAAGGACGGCAACCCUGAGGUUGUUCAGACAUGGCUGGCAUUCUUGCGGAAACACGCUUUCUAUGGGGUCGGCAUGAAGGCAAAUGUUUGGGAACAUGAAACUCUUGAUGUUGCCAGGAAUUUGGAUGAAAGCACUUCGGAUGUCGAAAAGUCCCUAGAACAUCACCUGUCACAGUUCGGUCGGCGCAAGGACGGAGAAGCGCUCGGCUCAUUAUCCAACGUCCUGGAUGCUGGAAGACUUGCUCAUAACCAGGCCCCGUUAGCCAAUAUCCGAAGACACUGAAAAUCUUCUAUCAUCUCUCCAUAUGUUCACUCGGCGUCCCAGCCUGUGCCUUUCUUUGUAGUUUUACUAUGUCUAGUUAUUGUUGCAAUCAUCAUUCAUUAAACCACCGAG